AUGCACAAUCUUAAUCCCACAAACAAAGGAAAGGGUAUUGAAAAAGAUCCCAUAAAAAUUGAGGAAGAUAAGGCAAAAGCUGCAUCAAUUUUGAGACAUCAUUUAAUCGACAGUCUCAAACAUGAAUACACCAAUUAUGAGGACCCAAAAUUACUUUGGGAAGAGCUAAAUGAAAGAUUUGGCCAUAAUAAAAGUGUACUUCUCCCAAAAGCCAUAGAUGAAUGCAUUUUGUUACAACAACAAUAUCGUGAAAGGCAUUUCCGGAAAUAUCAUGAAUUGCUGAAAACACUUCUUAUUGCGGAGCAAAAUAAUGAACUAUUAUUGAAAAAUCACAACAGGAGACCGGUUGGGACUAUGCCCUUUAAUGAAACAAAUAUGAUUGAGAGGAAUGUGCGCCAUCGAGGUCGUGGGAAUAUUUUAUAA